CCUUACGCGCUGCCUGCCAGAGGAACAGUACGAUUGAGUACGAUAUCUGAAGUUCUCUAGUUUUCGUGUGCAUGACGUAACGAGUCUUCUGGUCUAGUUUUUCUUAGUGGCCAUUUUGUUUUCACUACAAGACAGAAUCAGUUUCUAUCCUUAUAGGUGUCCGUCUCUGUCCAUCCAGCCUGGCCAGCGAGGUAACAGAGCCAGCCAGCAUGGAUUCAAAACGACACGAUCGUGGCCCCAGGUCAAACUCAGACUCAUCGCCUGUGCCACCUUCACCUCCUUCGUAUAGCACAAGCUUCACCACGCACGAGAACUACAAAAGCAGAACAUCGUCUCGACGAUCGCAGUCACCUCCUGACUACAGAACUGGCAGAUCUUCACGUAACGACUCACCUCAGGAGAGACGCCGACGAAGGCGCAGCGAUUCCAGAUCGUCACCAGCACGUUCAUCCCAUAGACGUUCGCGUUCAAGCGACAGAGACAACAAAGAUCGUGACCGGGAUAAGGAGAGAUCACGAAAGUAUUCAAGACGGGAUAGAUCGCGAUCGAGGUCGCGUGGAAGAUCACGAUCUAGGGAUAGAAGACGUAGUCGUAGUCGCAAUAAGAGUCGAGACAGGCACAGAUACAGAGAGAGCAGAAGACAUCAUAGAGCACCUUCCUAUGAAUCUGAUACACCUGAAGAUUCUACGGAGAUGAGAGUUCCACAACCAGUAGUUCCUCCACAGCCUAAUGCUUUCAAGAACGAUGGCAGUUUUAUGGAGAUGUUUAAGAAAAUGCAAGAGCAAAUGCAACCUUCACAAAAGCCAGCAACAUCGGUCUUGGAAGAGAAACCUGUAGCUCCACCCCCAUUGAUGGUUGGCAAAAGACGCGGUGGUAGGAUUCUUAAAACUGGAAUGGUAGCAAAGCCAAAGACGGAACAAACAGCAGAGCAACCCAAGGAUGCGUGGUCGUUGUACAUGGCAGAGGUUAAGAAAUAUAGAGAAGUCUGUUGCCAGGAAGAGGACAAUACCAGACCGCUGGUCAAAUAACCAGUCCCUUUUUUUCCAAAGUCUUUCAUCGUCAUUCUUUUCCUAUUAGGGGACACGUGGAUUUAAUUUUUUGCCUUGUUCCCAAUAACUGUACUACAGUGUUAAAUGAUCAAUCUCUAGAGUACGAAGGUGGUAAAGAGAAACAAGCAAGAGGAUAACAACUGUGUUUAGUGUUUAAGUGAUAUCAUACUAUAUAAGAGAGACAAGUGGACGAGAGCGAGAGACAAGCGUAGAGAUUACUUCUUGCAAGAGGGUGGGAAAAUGCAAUUAAUGCGUCUUCCACAAAAUUCUAUUGUAUUACAGAAAUUAAGUAACGUUUGUAUAACUUGUU